ACUCUACUGUGAUCAUUAUUGCUUAUUAUUUAUUAAAUUAUUGUUCUCAUUAUGUAUGCACACAUGCGCACUAGUUUUGAAUUAUUAUUAUUAAGAGUUGAUUGAACUGAAACCAGUGAAUGGACCGGAAUGGACAGAUCCAGGGCGCUCUUGCUAUCCUAUUAAAGAACCAGCAGAAGGAAUCGGGACAAUUGGUCCAAGCGAGCCGGAUAGGAUUCAAGCGACCUAAGGAUCUGGAGACUCGAGUCAAGUUAGCAGACGGAGCUCUCAUAGGAAGUAGCCACGAGCAGCUGUAAAGACGGGCGCCAUUUUAUAGCGAGGCUACCAGGCAGAAAGGUUCACAGAAGAGCCAGUAGUAGUGAGAGUUAUUGUUUUAUCAUUAUAAUUAUAGUUGAGAGUGGUGAUUUAUCUUUGUGAGCUAUAGUAAUAAUAAUAUUUGACACGUGUCACGAUGGCCAUGGCUCAAGCGUUAGCGGCGAAGAGGCGUGUGAGAGGCGGACACAAGGCAGUGAUCACCAGGAAACUAGAAGAAGUUAAGCGAAUCACAGAAGCUGAUGAACCAGACCUGGUGAAGGCCGAGCAGUUAUGCCGAUCUCUCAAGGAUAAACUAGACACCAUUAAAGAUUCAGAUGAACAAAUUUUUGUGGCUAUAGAGGAUGAGACUGAGUUGGAGACUGCUAUGAUCAAUGCAGAUGAAACAACAUCUCUGAUCUAUGAAGCUCUCGUAGGACUAGACAAUAUACUGGCUACCAGCGGAAGUACUACUGGUGGAAUAGAGGAGGGUGGAGCCCGAGCGUCUGGCCCAUCCCGCUCAUGCAGAGCGCGUCUACCUGAGCUUAAUUUGAAGCAGUUUAAUGGUGAGCUGACUCAGUGGUUACCAUUUUGGGAUACUUAUCAUGCAGCAGUUCAUGAUAACUCUGAUUUAUCUGACAUUGAUAAAUUCACAUAUCUCACAACACUGCUAAGAGGAUCAGCAAGGGAUGCCAUCAAGGGCUUGACCUUAACCUCUGCAAACUACAAGGAAGCAGUGGAGAUACUGACAAAGAGAUUUGGUGAUCAUCAGCAAAUCAAGGGGAAGCAUAUGGAAGCCUUGUUGGCCAUGGAGCCAGCCCAGAACAACACUCAGUCCCUUCGAAGACUCUUCGAUGAGGUUGAAUCUCAUGUCAGACAAUUGAAGGCACUAGGAGUCAGCGAAGAAGCUUAUGACACUCUGCUGCCUUCAGUACUGAUGAAUAAAUUGCCAAGUGAUAUGAAGCUAUUGAUUACCAGAGGAGUGUCUCAGAAAGAUUGGGGUUUGACAAAAAUCUUGAGUACUUUUGAAGAGGAAUUAAAGGCUAGAGAGAGAACCUCAGCAAAAGGCAAGCCUGCUAAAGAAGUUCCUCCUUCAUCUUCUGCAUUCAUGACAGGUAAUCGACAUUGUUGUUAUUGUCAACUUAAUCAUUUGCCUGAACUAUGCAAGAAGGUAUCCCGAGUUGAUGGUAGGAGACGAAUACUGAAGGAGGCAGGAAGAUGCUUUAUUUGCCUAAGGACUGGCCACAUUAGCAGAAAUUGUCGAAGCAGUGUGCGGUGCAGUAAAUGCAAAGGUCGACAUCACCUCAGUAUUUGUAGUAAGGAGGGAGAUGAAGAGGGCACAGGAGAUAACCAACAAGAGGCAGGUGAGCAGAGUCUUAACCCUCGAGCCCCUGCCUUUGAGAGUAAGUCAACUAAGUCCCUUCUUGUGGACUCGGAUCAAACAGUAUUACUCCAAACUGCCAGAGCCACUUGCUUCAAUCCCGACAAGCCACAUAUUCAACUUGGAUUACGGUUUCUUUUGGAUAGUGGUAGCCAGCGGUCCUUUAUAACCAAACGGGCCAAGGACAAGUUACGCCUUAGAACUACUGAUCAAAAGAUGAUGUCCAUUAUAACAUUUGGAGCCACUGUUACACGAAGCCAGAAAUGUGAUAUUGUCAAGUUGGGUGUACAAACCAUGGAAGGGAGUUUGGAAGUGAUGCUCUUUAGUGUGCCUAGCAUUUGUGAACCACUGAGUGGAUCCUCCAUACAGUUAUGCUUGGAGAAUUACAAGCACCUACAAGGUUUAGAACUGGAAGAUGUAUCCAAUCUUGAAGGAAUGGUGGAACCUGAUGUUUUAAUUGGAUCUGAUUGUUAUUGGGAAUUUGUAUCAGGUGAAAUUAUAAAGGGGAUGAGAGGACCAACGGCCUCUCACACUAAAUUAGGUUGGGUAUUGUCUGGCCCAUUGGAGGGAGAUGAGAAUGGACAGUGUUCAUCUAUGCUCAUCACACACAACUUGAUUACAAGUGCUGAGCCUAAGGACAGUACGAGCUUGGAAAAGCUACUGAAGGGGUUCUGGGAGCUAGAAUCAUUGGGGAUCCUUGAGAAGGAAAACCUCAUCUAUGAUCAACUGAGAAGCAACAUAUCGUUUCAUGAGGGACACUACCAAGUAUGUCUCCCCUGGAGAGACUCAGUGUCUCACUUACCUGAUAACUUGAGGCUCUGUGAGAAGAGACUCAGAAGUCUUGUUCGCCGACUGAAACAGAGUCCUGAUCUAUUGAAAGACUAUAAUGCUGUGAUUAAGGAUCAGUUGGCAAGGGGAAUAGUGGAAACUGUAGAAAAUCCCAGUGUAGUGGAUGGGGAGAAGGUCCAUUAUCUUCCCCAUCAUGCUGUAGUGCGCAGGGAUAAGACAACCACAAAGGUGAGAGUGGUUUUUGAUGCUUCAGCUAGGAGCAAUGGACCCUCACUCAAUAACUGCCUACACGUUGGACCGAGAUUUAACCAAAUGAUUUUGGGUAUUUUACUGAGGUUCAGAUUCCAUAGGCACGCCUUCACUGCCGAUAUAGAGAAGGCCUUUUUGAUGGUCUCAGUGGCAAGGAAGGACAGAGACGUGCUCCGCUUUCUCUGGAUUAGGAAUCCUGAUGAAGAACCACCAGUUACCCAAGUUUUGAGAUACGCUAGAGUGGUCUUUGGGGUCAAUUCAAGUCCAUUUUUAUUGAAUGCGACCAUAAGACACCAUGUAGAGCACUACAGGGACUCAGAUCCACUUGUGGUAAAAUCUUUACUUGAGUCCAUUUAUGUUGAUGAUAUUAUUGGGGGGGCAGAUACAGAAGAGGGUGUAUGGAAAUUGUAUUGUGAUUAUAAAAGAAUUUUGAGUGAAGGAGGGUUUAAUUUGCGUAAGUACAUCGCAAGCGGAAGUGUUAUUGAUACUGGUGUAAUUGAUGAAUCGUAUGCGAAAUUUUCUCUGGGCAAUUCCCCAGAACGUUUGACUGAGCAGAAGGUCCUUGGAAUCAGAUGGAAGGUUGAAGAUGCCCUUGUCUGA